AUGGACCCUGGAAAUUAUUCCACAGUGACGAAGUUCAUCCUUGCUGGGCUCACAGAAGAGCCAGAACUCCAGCUGCCCUUUUUUUUCCUCUUCCUGGGAAUCUAUGUAGUCACAGUGGUGGGGAAUCUUGGCAUGAUCACACUCAUAAGGCUGAGUUCUCACUUGCACACCCCUAUGUACUAUUUUCUCAGCAGUUUGUCCUUCAUUGAUUUCUGCCAUUCCACUGUCAUUACCCCCAAAAUGCUGAUGAACUUUGUGACAGAGAAGAACAUCAUCUCUUACCCUGAAUGCAUGACUCAGCUCUAUUUCUUCCUUGUUUUUGCUAUCUCAGAGUGUUAUAUUUUGGCUGCAAUGGCAUAUGACCGCUAUGUUGCUAUCUGUAGUCCCUUGCUUUAUAAUGUCAUCAUGUCUCAUCAGGCCUGUUUCUCCCUGAUUUUGGGAGUGUAUACUAUAGGCCUGGUUUGUGCCUUUGCUCAUACAGGCUGCUUGUUUAGGGUUCAUUUCUGCAAAUUUGAUGUGAUCAAUCAUUAUUUCUGUGAUCUUCUUUCCCUAUUAAAACUCUCCUGUUCUAGUACCUAUGCCAACAGAUUACUGAUUUUAAUCUUCAGUGUGAUUAACAUCCUUGCCCCUAGCCUAACCAUCCUUAUCUCCUACAUCUUCAUCAUUGCCAGCAUUCUUCGUAUCCGUUCCACUAAGGGCAAGUCCAAAGCCUUCAGCACUUGCAGCUCCCACAUCUUGGCUGUUGCUGUUUUCUUUGGAUCUGCAGCAUAUAUGUACCUGCAACCAUCAUCUGUGAGCUCUAUGGAUGAUGGGAAAGUGUCCUCUGUGUUUUAUACUAUUGUUGUGCCCAUGCUAAACCCCCUGAUCUAUAGCCUGAGGAAUAAAGAUGUUAAUGUUGCCCUCAGUAAAAUGCUAGACAGAAAAAUAUUCUUGUGA